AUGGACGACACGGAUUCCUUGAAGGACGCAUUCGUGAGCGCAGCCCGCUCAGCUUGUGACAUAACAGAGUCACUCAUGAAAGCAUCUGCUCCCUACAAAGACCAGGAUGCCGAGAUAGCCAGGUUUCAUUUGCAUUUCGAGGCCUAUCUACAAAGUUUCCGAAGAUUCAAGACCGGGUUCGAGCGUUUCAUUCUACAGACACCUGAUAAGAAUAAUACCAUUACACGGGAUCGAAUUCUGGUCGCUUUGAGUAGAAUCAGGGCGAACAUCGAAACACUUCAAAAGAAUGAAGGUCUAUUUUCCACCUUUUUAGUGUCCCACGUGGAACUGGUGGAAGAUCUUUUAUGUGCCCCGGAAAUGUUUGGGGUUAUAGCAGUAAACCUGAUCAAUUUAAAGGGGAAAUUCAAAUGGGCUGCGCAGGCCAUUGGUUCUGACGAGGCGACUUUAAAAUUGGCGAAGAGUAAAGAAGCGACGGAUUUUCUCGAUAUCAUCUCGCACGAAGCUCAGCAGGGAUAUUCACCCCCGCUUAAGCUCCAAGGUCUCGGAGACAUGGAGCUAUGGAGCAAUGACGCCGAGUCUAGUGGAGGCAAGGCUACAGUUCACGAAGCUGCCGAGUUAGAUUUGCCCUUUGACUCUGAGUACACGGUUCCCGAGGAGGCAAAUACGGAGCCGAUAAUCAGUGGACAUGGCAGGGAGUUGGGAUCCAAGGACAACCAGUACCACUUAUCUUCAACAGACUAUCUAUUUUCUGAUAUCGAGAUGUGGAAGACCUCUCGCCCAAAAAGAAAUCACGCCGACGAAUUAGGCACCGAUCAAAGCAGGGACCUCACGAUGGACCUUGCUCGCAUUGGUUCUGGUGAAGAGGAGGCAGGACGGGUUGCGGCCUUGGAGUUGGGCAUUACAUGGCCUUCGAGCUGGGACACGAAGUCUAUCGAGGAAGACUCUGAAGGCUAUGAGUCUUUCGACCCAGACGAUGUUUCAAAUCGCGUGGUCGAGACCUGCAAACUCUGUAACAAGAUGAAGCUGGUUGAGUGGCAUUGUCCGAAGUGUGCGGGCUUCGAACCCCGGGAGGUUCCUAUGCUGCUGCCGCCAACCUGGAUGCUUAGAGAGUCUAGCAGUGAAGAUUAUCAGCGGUCUACUGCUAAAGGAAACAAAGAAGCAUGGCAAAAUCCUUCAGAGACCCAAGGCCAUGCUAGCGAGGCGGCGGGCAGCCUGGAUGACUCUGAUAAGGAUAGUACAAAAGCAGAGGACUCCGAGAGCGACACAUCCAAUCCACCCUCCGUUUUCUCUUUGGCAACUCUGCCCUCAACUAUUAUGACAACAGACACGCGACUGACGGUAGAUGAGAUGCAGACAGCAAUUGAAGAGCUUGUCGGCAUAUUCUUUGACGAUACAGAAAUGACAGGUCUCUACGAGAAGGCCAUCGUUGAAAGAGAGGUUUCACUAGAACGCUUCGUCCGCAAUUUCCGACGACUGUUAAAGCAAUUCGCAUUGAAUCUGAAAGAGGAGGCGCGAGAAGCGAUUGAACUCGAUCUUUCAAAACUGAUCUUAAUGCGUGCCCGCCUUAUUGCCGAUAAAAUUGGAAACAAGCUUGAGCUGAAAUACUUGAAUGAACCUCCCACCCAUCUACCCCUGUCACCCUUCAUCCCACUCCGAACUCCUUCAGUCACUGAAAGCUUCAAACUCCAUAUAAUGGCCCAGCCAUCUCUGCCAGAAGGAAUAAUUGAGUCAAGCAGUGACGAGGAUGAAGAACCUGCAGAGACGUUUACCGCACUGGUGUCUCAUGGUCGAGACUUUAUCCUGGAGAGCGCUGCAAUUAAGAAUCUGCAAAAGGAUCUGGCAAACUUUAUCUUUCCAGAUGGACCGAUGGUAGGGGCGGACAUCAAACUUGAAUUUGGAAUAUCUAAGAUGAGGGGAGGCAUUGUAUUCCGCAGGUCUACGCGUCUUUGGGGAUUUCCGUUGAUAGACAUGGCCGCAACGAGAGCAAGAUUCCGGGCGAGGGGUAUGGAAAGAUACUGGUAUUGGAAUAAGUUUUUCCAACUAUGCCAGGUAGAGGAGGAUUUACCAGAAAAACAUACGCGGUUUAGAUGGACGAAUCGACAUGGCAAGAAUCUCUACGAUGACUAUGUCGAGCAUGAACCUGGUGCACUCCAAGCUCUUCAAGAAUUUUUGAAGGCAACGACCGUGCCGACAUAUAUCGUGGCUAAAGGUACUGAAAUUCAAGGCUCUUCAUCUGCAGCCGCUCGGUACACACCAAAUUCCGGCGGUCUUCAAGCAACACCUUGUGCAAGUACGCCUCAAGGCGGCGGCAAUGUCACCCAGUCAGCCAUCACCACUCCUGGCGGCCAACCUGCUAUAGCCUCACAACACAUAGGAACUGGCAUCCAAGAGUCACGCCCACUUCUAUUACUGUGUUGUAUUGAGCGUCGUGGCCGGCCAAUAAAGCUGCAUCAAGAAUACGUCACGCAAAUUACCGAUGAUCGACAACUCUUCCAUGCACUGCGUAAAAUCUACUUCAGUCACCGAAGAAAGUUUGAAUCAUUUUGGUCCUUGAGGAAAUUGCAUAGCAUUCAUUUUAUGAAGUUUUUAUACGCCGGCACAAACUACAUAGACAUUCGCUGUCAUCCAGAAAUCUGCAUCCCCGGCCAACCCUGCGCCUGCAUUCCACCACCAACCCUCGUCCCACCCCUGGGCUCAACCUAUCAAUGCCGACCAAUCCCCUCGAAACACUCCCCACCAAUCGGACCCCGCCUAAUGAUGGAUUUCUUCGAAGAUCCAGACAGCCGUCGCCCCGGCUCAGAUCUCGUUAUGCAGCAGCUACCCAAGAAAAUCGACACUGAGUUAACCUCUGACGGUAUUGAGAUCACAGAGGCAUGGGGGAUAUUUUACCGGGAGGAGUGGAAUUGGAGACGAAUAUGGGGGAUUUUGGGACUUGCCUUCUUCCCGCCGAGUCUUCUUUUUGGUGUUCUGUGGGCGAUCUUGAGGAAGGAUAUCCAAGGGGCGUUUGGGGUUGCGAGUUGGUGGAUGACUGGGGCGACGAUUCUACUUGGGGUCAUUGGGAGUUAUGUGCAAUGA